AGCAGCGUCUGCAGUUUUGAAUAAGUCUAUAAUUAUUCCUGGGUGUGGUUUGGCUCAUAUAUAGAGCUGCAGGAGACACACUCUGAUCUCUGUCUUUACUUCAGCUGUAGUAUCUACUCCGUACUCUUUAACCCAAACAGGGACAGGAACUAUUACAACCUAAACAUGGACAGCGAUUUUGGUUGGAGCAGAAAUAAUGAGGAUAUGAGGAUAGUGAUGGUGGGGAAGACAGGAAUUGGGAAGAGUGCCACUGGAAACACCAUUCUGGGACGACAGUGCUUUGACUCAAAGUUCAGUGCAAAGUCUAUGACUGUAGACUGUUCCAAGGGCAAAGCUGUGGUGGACGGGCAACAGGUGGCUGUUAUCGACACCCCAGGCCUGUUUGACACCAGGUUUGGCAUGGAUAAAACAACUGAAGAUAUGAGCCAGUGCAUCUCUUAUGCUGCUCCUGGACCCCAUGUGUUCCUGGUGGUCAUCCGGCUGGGCAGAUACACCGACGAGGAAAAGCAGACAGUGCAAAGGAUUCAAGAAAUCUUUGGACAGGCUGCAGACAGAUACAGCAUGGUUCUCUUUACUCAUGGGGACCAACUUGAAGACACAACUAUUGAAGACUUCUUGAAGGAUUCCUCAGACCUGCAAGAACUCGUGGCCAGAUGUAAUGGCCAGUACCAUGUCUUCAAUAAUAAGCUGAAGGAUCGCUCUCAGGUCACUGAGCUGCUCCAGAAGAUCAGAAAUUUAAACCAGAAGAACGGAGGAAGCCACUACACAAACAAGAUGUUCCAAGAGGCCGAGAGGGCAGUCGAAGAGAAGAAACAACGCAUCCUGAAAGAGAAAGAAGAGCAAAUACGCAAAGAAAAAGAGAAACUGGAGAGAAAACUUCAGGAAAAAUAUGAAGAAGAGAUGAAGAAAAUGAAUGAACAACUUCAGGCUGAGAGAGAGAGGGAGAGGAAAGAGAGAGAGGAGGAGAGGGAGAGGGAGAGGCAGGAAAUGAAUGAGGAGAGAAAGAGGGAGAAGGAGGAGAGAGAAGCAGAGAGAAAGAGAGACAGAGAGGAGAAAGAAAGGGAGUAUGCAAACCUGAUGAAUAAAAUGAAGGAACAGAAUGAGAAAGAACUGAGAGAGGAAAAAGAAAAGUUGCAGAACAGACAUGAACAUCUGGCCAGAGAGGAAGCUGAGGAGUUUAAUCCAUUGUAUCCUCUGAUAGUUGCUGGUGAAGCAAUAGUUGAUGCUGGCAAGAUGGUAGUUGGAGCAAUUGACUCUUUGGGAAAAGCAAUUGGGGGAUUGUUCAAAUAGUGAGUGAUUCAGGCAGCACAACUACAGAGGAACCCUCUAGAAGCUCCUACACAAGAAUAUAUGAAACAAUUAUUUCAUCCACAGAACUAAAAUCACUAUUUACUUUUUUAUUAUCUGAGUGAAUGAUAAUAAAGCUAAUUGUAUUUGUUAAAGUAGAGCUAUAUACUGUAGGUUAGUAAGGCUAGUUCACUCCAUGGUUCACUCAUCAUAUCAUACUCUCACACUGCCAUCUAGUGUUCCUUUGGCAUUAUUUUAAUAAAGCCCAAGGAGAUAUUCCAUAAUGUAAGUUAACAUGUUACUAUACAUAUAUAAACUAUUUUCUUUUUUUCUGUUUUUUUUUUUUUUUUUUUUUUUUGUCAGAUUUACAUGAAUGUAUUGUAGUAAAUCCUUACGUUAUUUGAUUUGGUUCCUGUUGGUCACAGUUUGUCACAAAGACUUUAUUUCAUGGGUUAUGUUGAUAACUGAUGCCACUCAAGAACAAGUUAUCUAUGUGCUCAUGUGCUACACUGAACAAGAAAUAAAGAUGUGAUAUUA